CUAGGAUCGCUCCGGGAAGCAAGAUCAUGAGGCUCUGCGUGCUCUGUUUUCUACUCUUGGGGUGUCCUCCGCCCGGAGGCCAUGCCAGUAGGCAGGAAGUGGUUUUCGAGAAGGCGGAAAGACUGUUGUCAAGUUUCAAAGUUCGUCUGGAGGAGCUGAAGAAGAGCUUUAAGGAGCUGGUUCCCCCAAGGGACAUCCCGGAGAGAUCAUCUUAUCCCUCGUCCUGCUUGGCCGCCGGCAUCAACUCCAAUGGCAUCCACACCAUCGAGGUGCCCGGCCUGGAGCCCUUCCCCGUCUUCUGCGACACCCGACUCGCCGGAUCCGGCUGGACGGUCAUCCAGCGGCGGCAGGACGGCAGCGAGAACUUCUACCGCAGCUGGGAGGAGUACAGCCGGGGCUUCGGCAGCCUCAGCGGCGAGUUCUUCCUGGGCCUGGACAAGAUCCACUUCCUAACCGCCGCCGAGCCGUACGAGCUGUUCGUGCUACUGGAGGACUUCUACGGGGACACGCGGGACGCCCACUACGACAGGUUCGCCAUCGGCGGGGCCAACGACUCCUACCCCCUGGCCACGCUGGGCAAGUACUCGGGGGACGCCGGGGACUCCCUCAAGUACCACCAGGGCAAGCCGUUCUCCACCUUCGACCACGACGUCCUGGGCCACGGCUGCGCCAGGCUGUACGUGGGAGCCUGGUGGUACGACCAGUGCCAACGGAGCAAUCUCAACGGGCAGUACUUGGAGGGCGGACGGUUCGAGGCGAAGCUGUCGGGACGCGGGAUCACUUGGAUGAGCUGGCGGGGCUACGACUACGGCUACAAGUCGGUGCAGCUGCUGAUCCGGCCCAAGUGCUCCAACAGCCUGCGGCGGCAGGCCGUGCCACCUAAUGGCCCGUAAGCAAAUUCCAUUCCCGGUUCGAUGGGAAAUCGGGUCUAUUUCGCGAUAAACACUAUCAACAAUUCGGGGUUUAUUUACAUUCUGAUAAUGGCCGCUUCCCGUUGAUUUGUUUGGUUUGUGGCUUCUAAUUUGUUGCUAUUCGCACACACGCCCGUAAACAAAGUGUUUCUGUGUUCA